AUUGGUAAUUAGUAAAUACUAAUUAUACUAAUUCAAUAAAUCGAGGUCGUUAUUCCGUAUUCGACUGUAUUAACCGCGUGCAAGUGAUUCAUUGUGCUAUCGUGCUAUCACCGAAGGCAUCACACGCCAAACUGAACGGCUACCCUACUGACCAAAAGACGACACUGCUCAGAUAUGGUAUUGGUAAAUAACAGACUAGCAAUAGUGACAGGCGCCAACAAGGGUAUCGGGUACGCCAUCGUAAAGGCUCUGUGUGAACGAUUCGAAGGCGAUGUUUACCUUACAGCCCGCGACGUUGGCAGGGGCGAGGCCGCGGUCGGACGGCUGAAUGAGCUGGGUCUGAAACCCAAGUUCCACCAGCUGGACGUGACCGACACGGGUAGCGUGGCCGCGUUCGCCAAGUUCGUGACCGACAGCUACGCGGGCAUUGACGUGCUGGUCAACAACGCCGCGAUCGCCUUCAAAGUGGCCGCCACCGAGCCGUUCGGCGAACAGGCCGAGGAAACGCUCCGGGUCAACUACUUUGCACUGCGAACCGUGUGCGAUGCUCUGUUCCCAUUGCUAGUGUCCGGUGCUCGUGUGGUAAAUUUGUCCGGCUAUACCGGCCGCCUGUCACUGAUUCCGGGUGAAGAACUUAGGCGAACGCUGUCCUCGCCUCUGUUGACCAUCGACCAGCUUGACGCUCUGAUGCGUCAGUUCGUGGAGAAAGCCAAGGGGGGCGAUCAUAAACAAUCCGGAUGGCCGUCGUCCGCGUACUGCGUGUCCAAAGUCGGAGUUAGUGCACUGACAUUCAUACUACAGAGGCAAUUCGAUGAAGAUCCCAGGACAGACAUUGUGAUCAACAGUGUCCACCCUGGCUACGUGGCCACGGAUAUGGCCAGUCACAAUGGAACGUUAACUAUUGAACAGGGGGCCGAAGUUCCAGUUUAUCUGUCUCUGUUGCCUGCAGGUGAACAAAAUGUUAAAGGCCGUUUUGUCUGGAGCGACAAGACCAUUAGUAACUGGUUCGAAUGUUAAAUCAAGUAAGUUUAAGAGGAUGUCAGCGCACUAUUCGUUUUCUCGCUCUGACCCACGGGCAACAUAGACAAAACGCAUUUACGCAAAAUCAUUUUUUCUAUGCGUUUAAGUAAUCUUAGAGUAAA